GCGUAUGUUUCAUUCAUAGCAGUUACAGCAUGUCUUCCCACUGACGAUUUUAUGUUGUUUUGAAUCAUCGCCAUUUAUUUUCAUUUUUCAAUUUUCAGGUUCUAUGGUAUCUUCAAUAAAUCCUACCAGUGGAGGUUUAGCUGGAGAAACAAGGCUUACUAUAUAUGGGUCAGGGUUUUCAACAGACCAUUUUAGACAGUAUGAGGACCCUAAUGCUGGGAACGUGGUGUACCUUGUCAGUGAGUCGGGCAUUCAAUACAAUUGCCCGGUAGAAAAUUAUUUCACAUCAAAAAAUCAUCUCAUAUGUCAUACUCCAGAAGGCAUGAAAGAGGAGGAGAUUCAUUAUAUCAGAGUCGUUGUCGACGGAGUUCCUAGCCAAAUAAACUGUCGUUUUGGCUCAGAUAUUUUUUAUUAUUGCAAGUACCAGGUAUAUAUUAUUUUAUAAUACUGCACGUUUGUAACGUCAUUUUUCAUUGGAUAAUCGUGACGUUUAUAUAGUUUUAUAUACACAGCUGCUGUGAUUCAUGAAGAAUUCUGACUUUUUUUUCUAUAAAAAUGAUGCUUUCUGUAUUAUAAAUUUGUUAUUAAGAUUGUUGACAGGUUAUAUGGCCAUUUAUAAAUGGCUGUUUGCAAUAUAACCCUCACCUAGAGGCUUGGGUUAUAUUUACAAAUAGCCGUUUGUAUAUGGCAAUAUUACCUGUCAACGAUCUUUAUAACUAAUAAUAUACCGGUAUAUAAUAUUUUUUUUGGGUAAAACUUAUUCAGUUAUCAAUGGCAAUACUUUUAAAAUGCACUCAUUGACAGUACCUGAUAGCACAAGUUACCAGCACUUUUUCUAUAUUGAAAAAAAAAUAAUAUAGGAAUUUAAGCUGCACGCCCUCAGACGAGCCAAAUAUUUCAAGGAAAUCAAUAUUGAGAAAAAUGUACUUAAUUUUAAGAAAGGUAAAACAUUCAAGAUCCAUGUUAUAUUUUUCAUGUUAUAUAGAGUUUCAGACUGAUUUUGCAGUAUUUAUUACCAUAUUUCUACUGCGCUUCUAACACAGUAAGGGCUUUCUUUUGCAUAUGUUGAUGACUUUUUAGUAAUUUUUAUUAGGGAUGUCAU